UCCUCCCACCCUCCUUUCGUGCCGCUUCAGGCUUCUUUCGCCCGUCCUCCGUCUCUUCUCUCCCCUCGUCCUCCUCCUUUAUGCUAAACCCUAAGAUUCGAUCGUGCGCCACCUCCUUUUCUCUCCCUCUACGAGGAAGUAGCUUUUAUCCUGGUUAUUGAAGAUAUGCUGUUUAUGCUGGUUUAAAUUCUUACUCUAGAAUGGAAUAGUGCAAACAAGAAAGUUUCUUGCGUUCUUCUGGAUUGUGCAAAUGGCGGAAAGUUGAUCUUUUUAACAGGACAGCUGAAGAAAAAAAAGAAAAAAAAAUCAUUAUUUGGAAGUUAACCGUUCUCCAAUGGGGGGAGCUUGUUCUAGAAAGAGAAACGUUCUCGAUGAAGAUGAUUUACGCAGGUCCGGAAGAUUCUCUAAGACUGGCAGCUCAAAAUGGUUGUUAUUUAGUCUGCCUCGUUGCAGCACAGAUGUUACAGUUCGAAGGCAAGGAAAGUGCCCUUCUCUCAUGGAGUUAUGCGUGGCUAAAAUUCGUGAGGAUAUAAAAAAGUAUAGCAGCUUUUCCAUGCUGCCAAGAGACAUAAGCCAGCAGAUAUUCAAUGAAUUAGUCGAAUCUCAUGGCCUCACUGAUGUGUCUCUUGCAGCCUUUCAGGAUUGUGCCCUUCAGGAUAUUCAUCUUGGAGAAUAUCCAGGAGUGAAGGACAGUUGGUUAAGCACAGUUUCCUCUCAAGGGCAAUCACUGCUGUCUCUUGAUAUUUCUUGCUCUGAUGUGACAGAUUCUGGAUUGUCUCUUCUUAAGAAUUGCCACAAUGUCCAGUGCUUGAAAUGUAAUUACUGUGACCAAAUCUCAGACUAUGGUUUAUCACAUAUAUCUGGACUUUCAAACUUGACCUCUUUAAGUUUAAAGAAGAGCAAUGCAAUUACUGCUGAAGGAAUGAGGGUUUUUACCAACUUGAUUAACUUGGUAAAUUUGGAUCUAGAGAAAUGCUUAAAGAUUCAUGGUGGUCUUAAAUAUUUAAAAGACUUGAAAAAGCUUGAAUCCCUUAACAUCAGAUACUGCAAUUGUAUAACAGAUGAAGACAUGGAGCCUCUUUCUGGUCUUUCAAACUUAAAAGAGUUGCAAAUGUCAUGUUGUAAAGUUACCGAUGCAGGGAUUGCUCAUCUAAAAGGUUUAUAUAAAAUUGCUCACUUGAACCUGGAGGGUUGUCCAGUUACUGCUGCCUGCUUGGACAUUAUAUCAGGCUUUGGAUCCUUGAUUUUUUUAAAUUUGAGCCGAUGUGGUAUAUCUGAUGAUGGAAGUGAGAGUUUUUCUGGGCUUCAGAAGUUGAAAGUUCUGAAUUUGGGUUUCAAUAACAUCAGUGAUGCAUGUUUGGUGCAUCUUAAAGAUUUGAUCAAUUUGGAGAGCUUGAAUUUGGAUUCUUGUAAGAUUGGUGAUGAAGGAAUGUUAAACUUGAAAGGUCUUCUACGUUUAAAAUGCCUGGAGCUGUCCGAUACUGAAGUUGGAAGCAAUGGACUGAGCCAUCUCUCUGGUUUAUGCAACUUGGAGAGUAUCAAUCUCUCGUUCACAUCAGUAACUGAUGGUGGCUUGAGGAAGCUGUCUGGAUUAACUUCCAUUAAGUCACUAAAUUUGGAUGCUCGCCAGAUAACAGAUGCAGGCUUAACGGCUAUCACCAGUCUUACCGGAUUGACACAUCUGGAUCUUUUUGGAGCUCGUAUUACAGACCUUGGGACAAACUGUUUCCGAUAUUUCAAAAACCUGCAGUCACUUGAGGUCUGUGGUGGGUCAAUAACUGAUGCUGGAGUGAAGAACAUUAAGGACCUUAAAUCUCUUACGUUAUUAAAUUUAUCUCAGAAUUGCAACCUUACAGAUAAGACUCUGGAAUUGAUUUCAGGAUUAACUGCAUUGGCUUCCCUUAAUGUAUCAAACUCUCGCAUAACAAAUGCUGGUUUGCAGCAUCUGAAACCAUUAAAGAAUCUGAGAUCACUCACCCUGGAGUCAUGCAAAGUUACGGCCACCGAAAUAAAGAAGCUGCAACUGGCUGCUCUUCCAAAUCUGAUUAGUGUUCGACCUGAGUAGUUCAGGGUCGAGCAUUUGUAAAUGAUCUGCCUCUGUAAAGAUGACAAUUGUCCAUCCCUACUGGUCUGCCAAGCAAUGGAGACUCCGAUGAAAUUGUACAUAUGGGUGAUGUUUACUCUUAUGCUCUGAUUUAGUUCAAUUCAGAGGUGGGAAGACUUGCACUGGAUGCAAAGUAUCCUCUAAAAAUCUUAAAACUAAUGCAAAACUAGAAUGUAAAUAUGCUACAUCCAUAUAAGUUGCAAGUGUAUUCACCUGAACUUAUGAUUGUAAAUAUUUAUGUACAUAUGAUGGUAACAAUCAUUGUUUCUUUCAGCA